CAGGCCCUGGAUGGAGAAAACAAGCCAGAAUUGUACCUCACCAUCCUCGCUAAAAAGCUAGCCUCAGCUCUGCUCUUUGCCCGGUUUGGGAGAAAGAUAGUUCUGUUUGGAACUAUGGCUACACAGACUGGAUUUAGCCUAGUUCAACUGCUCUCUCCAAACUGGGAAAUAUUUUGCCUGCUGAAUUUCCUUGUGGGCUUUGGACAGAUUUCAAACUAUGUGACUGCAUUUGUUCUUGGAUCAGAACUUUUGAGGAAAAAAGUUCGGGUUAUAUUCGGUACUGUGGGAACUUGCAUUUUUUUUGCAAUUGGCUACAUGACCCUGCCUUUGAUUGCAUAUUUCACACGAAGUUGGCGGAUAUUGCUUUUCAUCUUGUCUCUCAGUGGCCUGGUGUACAUUCCUUUGUGGUGGUUUAUUCCCGAAUCUCCACGCUGGCUGCUGACAAAGGGGAGGGUACAAGAAGCUGAAGCAAUAUUCCAGCAUGCUGCAAAGAAAAAUGGUGUCAAUCCACCAAUGACGCUCAUUAAUGAACUUAAGCUUGAAGUUAUGAAAAAUGAACAAAAACAACAUUUUUCAGUGAUUGACAUGUUUAGAAACCGGAGCAUGCAAGCCAUUGGUGUCAUAAACAUUCUAGUAUGGAUGAUUACUUCAGCUGGAUACUUUGGUCUGUCUUUGAACACACCCAAUCUCCAUGGUGAUGACUAUUUGAACUGUUUCUUCUCUGCAGUCAUCGAAGUUCCAGCCUAUAUAGCUGCCUGGCUUUUUCUCCAGAGGUUUUCCCGAAGGUUCAGCCUUUCGGGAUCGCUUUUCAUUGGUGGUGGUUUCCUUUUCUUCAUUCGCCUCAUACCUUCAAAUCUACCAACACUUUCCACAUUGCUGGUGAUGAUUGGCAAAUUUUGCACCACAACUGCCUUCUCCAUACUUUAUGUUUAUACUAUUGAGCUGUAUCCAACCACUAUAAGAAACCUUAGUAUUGGAGUGAGCUCCAUGUUCUCCAGGCUGGGCUCCAUCAUCUCACCUUACAUUUUUUAUCUCGGCAUUCAUCAUGAGUUUCUGCCUUAUAUUCUGAUUGGGAGUUCGACAGUGUUUUCAGCAAUUUUGAUCUUGUUCCUGCCAGAAACACUCAAUGUUCCUCUCCCAGAAACCAUUAACCAAAUGCAGAAAAUUAAGGGGGCCAGUUGUUUAAGUACACGGAACUUAAUUUCAUAAAACGGGAGAACACAUUACAAUGGUCAAUAAUAAGAAGGAGAUUAAGCCCAGCUUUGGGAACUGAUUGGCAGAAACGGAGAAAUGGACAUUCAUUUACUGACAAUUUGUGUUUGGACUAAUGUUAUCUUCUUGAAAUUAUUCUGAAAUAUGCUUAACAAUACUAUCAAAAUCAUCAAGGACUGAAGCUAAGUACCUAGAUAAACAGAAUGCUGCACUUUUAUAUGUUCCUCACUAUUAUUUGAACCAACAAUGUACUGUCCUGUAAUGCAAAGCUUUGUGGCUCUGUUUGGUCCACAAGAGUAGUGUGUGGUCAAUUUUGACAUUUAGACAAAGACCAAUGAAGCACAUUGGCUGGCUGGUUUCCAACCCACAGCAAGGUAAUAGCUGCACUUUUAACAAGCAAACUUCAUUUACAUCCCUUCUCUGUGCUGUGGUGCAUCAAGGAGUGUUCUGAUGGUACUCUUUUGAGUUGAGACACCCAUUUAUCUGUCCUUUCUGUCAGCAAGAUGCUGGGAGUGAGGCCACAAUUACAGAGGGGUUCCUAGAAAAGCAGCUCAGAUUACUUUUGUGGAACCUACAGGACUGGACAAAAUCAUUGUCAAUGUCCCUCAUCAGCUCCCAUGUCCUCUGACACAUGCUUGGGUCAGUUUAAUUCUAAAAUAACAAUCCUGGUCCAAGAACUACUGAUUCAGACGUGAAAAGAUAGUGCCACUGAAAACAAGCAAGUGAUUAGGAUACCCAAUUAUAGGACCCUUUAAGAGUAUCGCCCACCUCUUCAUUGGCACCUAUAGUGCAGUAAGGCUAAAAUCCUCAUUUGAGUUUAUCACUACCCUGUUAAUCCAGGUAAUAGAAAUGAAAAUGGGCCCCAAAUGGAUCAUAUCCACCCCCCAAUUUAUCCCAUAGAAAGAAUAAUUUUUCCAAUGACCAUGAAACAAACAGCUGCACUAAAACAAUGCUUUCCUUUCACAUGAUAAUGGGAACUAUUUUUUUCUACUUUUACUCUGGUUUAUUCCUCCAAAUCCCACUACUGGGGACAAAGACCAUCAGGUUAAAAAAAUUAAGAGAUCAAAAAUGAGCAACAAUGAUCAAGACUGAAAUUGAGAAGGAUUGUUAUCCUUUAAAUAGCACAAUAUUGGGGAGUUGGAGUAUUUAAGGGAUAUAACUCUGCAUAGGGUAUAGAUAGGAUAUAUAUUUGUUAUUGUUUAUAUACGAAUUCAAAUACAUAAAUAUUCUAAUUGAUAUAUAAACAAUAGUAAAUAUUUGUGGAUAAUGCUAAUGUUGGUGAGAAUUUUGAUGAGAAGAACACAAUUUUAUCCAUUACUUUGUGUGAGCAUUUUGAGAUUGCACAUAAAUACUAAUUCUAAAGUAACAAUUACAGUGCCUUUUUGAACUUAAGUUAUACUUGAAAGCAAGAUCUUAAAAUAUUUCUGCAGUCAAAGUUUGUGAAUUGUAAAUCAUUAAUGAAGUUCAUUUCAAUUAUACUACAAUGUUAUUUUCCUGAAAUUAUGUCUUGCUUGUUGAUCUCAGCAUUGCAUUUAUUUGGAAAUGUAAGUAUUGAAUCUAAGAUUAUGGUUUGGAGAAUGUGAUUAAUAAUUGUGUACAAUGAAGUUGUAAUGAAGAUCUCAUUCACUUGUGCGAGCUCUACCUGAACACAGAUUCUUCAUUCAUCGGCAAUUUCUAUCAGUGAUGGCUUCCAAUUACAUUCCACUCACAGAAGCAGGACAAGGAGAUAAGUUCCAAGUCUACUUCAGAAGAAUGGGAAAUAAACAGAAUAACAGAAUUACAUCUACCCUCCAUUCUUAAGGUCAGAAGUGGGGAUAUUUGCUGAUGAUUGCACAAUGUACAGCACCAUUUGUGACUCCUCAU